AUGUCAGAUGAGCCACGAAGAUCAGGGAGGGCCACGAAAGGGCAGCAUAAGAAUGCCUCAUCGUCGCCCGCUCCGAACACGAAGCCCACAAAGACGGUUAAAGGCAAGCCCACCAAGAAGUCGGCCGAAACAGAGCCGGCACCAAACGAAGACGAGCCAGAAGAGGUCAUUCGCUGUGUGUGCGGCAACACCAAUCCCCACGACAGACGCGCUUUCGUCAGCUGCGACGCGUGCGAAGUUUGGCAACAUAACGUUUGUAUGGGGGUCACAGACGACGACGAGGAGCUACCUGAGCACUAUUUCUGCGAGCAGUGCCGACCCGAGGAGCAUCAAGAAACGGUGCAGUCCAUGCAACGCGGCGAGCGGAUCUGGGAGAACCGGAAUCGCAUGUAUCAGAACGAGAAGAAGAUGAGCAAGAGUCGCAAAAGCAAAGGCAGGGCCGGCGAAGACUCGAAACCGGCGUGGCUCAAGAAAGACAUUCCACCUCUGGAGAUGGAGCCCGCGGAGCUGACACAACAUGUGGAGCCCGUCGAGCAGGCUGAACCAGCGCCAGUCCCAGCGGCAGCACCCACGCCAGCACCAGUGGCUACCAAUGGAGGCCAGGAUGCGACCAGCAACAGCAAGCGGAAGCGGGAGGACACAAUCGACCAUCAGGUCACUCCAUCCGCCGAGACAGCAGCGCAAGACGAGAAGCCAAACAAGCCGUCCAGGCAGGAGAAGCGUCGCAAGUCGACACCCGCGGCCAGCAAGGCUGCCACUGAUGCCAACACAGCCAUUGUGCCGAUAUCCCAGCUUCCACAGGACCGCCAAAAGGGUGCGCAGGCGCUUGCAAAGAUCAUUAGCGAUGACAUACAGGCGAGGACCAACUCUGGAUAUUCUCCUCCAGAUGGUCAGACUGCAUCCUCUUUAGGGGAGACGUAUGCAGCGAGAAUUGAGUAUGAAAUGCACAUGAACCACGGCGUCGGCCAACCCAACUACACCGGCCAAUUCAGAGCUUUACACGCCAAUCUCAAGAAGAACAAGAGCCUUGUCCAGAGACUCCUGUCCGGAUCGCUUACCGCAAGCGAGCUGGCGACUAUGAGCACGAGCGAUAUGGCGAGCGAGGAGCUCCAGCGCGAACGUGCAGAGAUGAAAGAAGUUCUCGAUCGGCAGGUAAUCGCAGUUGUCGAGGAGGGUCCAAGAUAUCGUCAGGAUCACAAGGGUGUGCAUCUCAUCGAGGACGAGACUCGGCACGGGACCGAUGCGCAGAUGACCGAUCACGAGUCGAGCACCCAGAGACCCAGUAUUGCUGAUGCCAGAACAAGCAGCCAUGGCCAGAGCGGCUCGCCAUCAGGAGAGUCACCUUUGGUCGUAGACACCGGCAGCCAGGCGGAUCCCAACGCAGAACGUCGUCCCACUAGCCAGCAUUUUGACAUGAAGAACAUCUGGGCUAAAACACAGCCGUCGCCCACAAUUGGCACUCCGCCCGCGGGAGCCCGUACAAUGCAAAUCGCUCCACGUCGCCGUAGUUCGAUAGCUCAGAAUGCGGCAAAGGUCGACCCAGACGUUGAUCGGAUGCUAGAGGACGAUGACGACUCCUACGCACCAGCGGACGUCACAGGCUCGGACCAAGUUGUCUGGCACGGCAAGCUGGUGCAGAGUAGUGAAGACAGCGCUCCGACGGUGAACGCGCGAUUCGUGGCAGGGCGAGACCUUGCGUCUACUGGAUCGUGGGCAUCUUUGCUCCCUCACAAGUUGUCCAUAGAUGGGCGCUUGCAGAUUGAAAAGGCUGAGCAAUACCUUUGUGGCUUGCGGUGGAGCUCCAGCAGUGAUGUGACGGUCCUCUCCCUCUCCCCAUACGACAACGCCGAUGCAUUCAACGAAGUGUUCGAUUACUUCCAUAGCAGGAAGCGGUAUGCUGUCGUCGAGAAAGACAAGCCACCUAUGGUGAAGGAUCUGUAUAUCAUACCGGUGGACGCCGGUGAGGCUCUUCCGGAACACGUGUUAAUGCUCGAACAUUGCAGUCUUAAGAAGCCUGUCGAGGAGAGGCUUCUUCUUGCCACCCUCAUCGUCGCACGAGCUCCAGAAGUCCAGUCUGCAGUGCAGGAAUCAGCACCAAUGCAGCAGUCCAACGGACAUCUCCCUCCACAUGUCCGCCAAAGCAUAGGUGGCCCGGCAGGCUCGCCGAUCAACGUGCAGAAUGCGACGUUCUCGCCGCCAAAUAGUGGGGGUCUUGGGGGUCCCCCCUCCCAUGAGAUCCCCCCAAAUCCGUACGUUGCACAGGCGCAACAGCAGCCUCCACCACGACCAGUGUCACAGCAUCCGAAUUCGAUGGUAAACAGCAUCCUGGGAGACUUGCAGUACUGCCCAACCGCACAAACGAUAUUCCAGGAGACAACACAUCUCGAGGAGAUUCAGCUUCGUAACUUGGCGCUGAUCCUGUCUCAGGAUGUGGUUGCCCGGACGGACUUCACAGCGCUCACUAACCGGCUGUACGGAUUGAAGUCGGCGUAG